CGGUGUUUAUUCGAUUCUGAUGCAUCUCUGUUGCGAGUUGGAGCGGCAUAUACAAAAAUAUGGGGAUAUCAGCCUUCCAAGUAAUAACAAAGCGAUUUGCUUGCAACAAGGCACCAAUAAUGCUGGAUGCGGUGUUUAGAGUGGCACCAACACAACCACUUUAACGCCAACAGCAAUAUGCAAACAGCAUUGAGCGCAUUAUCAGAUGGCUGGCAUAGUUUAAGCGACGUGAUGGUGAACAUUGAAGCGGAAGCGAAAAUUCAAAGUUUCACAAAAAAAGGUAACGCGCCUGGGGCAAGACGGUUAUAGCGUUGGUAUAUAGACCUGCGUGCUGGUUGUGUAAACUGAAGCCGAGGGUUUUAAAGUUUGCAAUACCCGUAAUAAAUAAGAUUAAUAGAAUAAACAGCACGACAGUGAACUUUGAUUUACAACUUAGGCGUUUUUAUAAUGUCAUUACCAAGUGUGAUCGGAAUUAUAUUAGUUACGGUUGUAACGGUAGGCGGGGAUUUCGCUUCUGUGACGUUGGUAAACAACGGUUAUGACGGAAUAGUGGUGGCCAUCAACCCAGCUGUAGCGGAGGAUGAAACGUUAAUCAACAAAAUACGGAACAUGUUCACACGAGCUUCUCCGACCCUAUUCACAGCAACCAAGAAGAGAGCUUACUUUCGUAAUAUUAAUAUACUUGUGCCUAAAACAUGGACGAGUGGAAGUUACCAGACAGCGGUUGGGCUAACCUACAGGAAGGCUGACGUUAUAAUCGCGCCACCCAAUCCCGUUAGAGGAGACAACCCCUAUGUGUUACAGACAGGCGCAUGUGGCGAACCGGGCACUCACAUGCAUCUUACUCCAGAGUGGGUGAACGACACUCGUGAAUCUGUAUACGGGCCUUCAGAUAAGGCAAUUGUACACGAGUGGGCUCAUCUACGGUGGGGGGUGUUUGACGAAUAUGCUACUGGCGAUCAUAAAAGGCACUACCUAGAUUCCAACAAUGUCUUACAGGGAACAAGAUGCCCGCUCAGCAUACGAGGUGUUAACAGAGAAUACGUUCCUCCUUAUCAAGUGCUGAACCAAACAUGCAUCAUCAACCAGACAACGUUGUUGCCAGCAUCGGAUACUUGUCACUUUAUCCCGGGCAUUGAGCAACCACGUGGUCUAAAAACCUCUAUGAUGUUUUAUAGCUACUUGUCAUCGGUGAUUGAAUUCUGCCACAGCGAUCCAAGCGACCCGGUCAACCAACACAACACUGAAGCUGACAACGAACAAAACGCAAAAUGUAAUUUACGAAGCACCUGGGAUGUUAUAACUUCAACGAGUGACUUCAGUGGCGGCUCCAACCCCCCGAACCCAACCCUAACCAACCUAGCCCCAACAUUUCGAGUGGUUAGAGUUGCGGCAAGCCGGAGGUUCGUGUUAGUGUUGGAUGUAUCGGGGUCUAUGAGCGGGAACCGAUUAUUAAUGAUGCGACAAAGCGCUGGGGAUUUUAUAAGCACGUCACUUCCGGAUGGGGAUAAAGUUGGAAUCGUCCAAUUCCAUUCAAGUGCAAAUCUUAUGAUGGAGAUCAGACAGAUAAGUUCCCAACUUGACAGAGUGGCGAUUGCGGCCGGUAUCCCAGGUAUUGCUGGAGGGUCGACGUGCAUUGGGUGUGGGAUAUAUGCAGCCAUGAAUGAGAUGGAAAGACACGAUGCCAACGAAACAUGCGGCAACAUUAUUGUGCUGACAGACGGCAAGGAGAAUCAACCUCCCUAUGUUAACGAUGUUUCCCAGUUAGCUAUACAGAAGAACUGUGUGGUGAACGCCAUCUUAUUCACCACCACGGAAAACUCGGCCUUGGUUGACCUAGUAACAGCUACAGGCGGCCAGUGGUUCUUUGCACAAGACAGGGACCUCAAGCGACUGAUGGGUUCUUUCGCCGUCAUCGCUGCAAAUGACGAUGGUGACGUCAGAAACCUUGUCUCCACGAUCCUUUACAAACAAUACGUGUUUGCUGCUGGGGAAAGUAAGGCUGGUAGUGUUAUAAUCGACAGUACAGUGGGCAUCAACACAACAUUUAAAUUCUCGUACCAAUCCCAAGUCCCAACUAUUGUGCUGACCAAUCCAACCGGUUGCUUACAUUACUCACUAUCGAUUCCGCUUCCUGGGACAUGUGCCAGCCACCCACUUGCCAAUAUUGACACAACGUUAAAGUUCGUUGAGUUUGUGAUUCCAGGCAGAGCUACGAUUGGGACUUGGAAUUAUUCCAUCACAUCGAUGUAUAGUGACACUGUAAGUGUUUCUGUGACGUCAAAAACGAUGGGAAAUGUUCAGCCAAUUGUUGUGUUGACCCGAACUCGAUCGAAUUCAAAUAUUGUGCUCGGUCCCGUCAUUAUUGAAGCAACUGUGACAAGAGGUGACCCAGGACUACCUGUGCUAAACCUUACUGUGGUGGCAGUCAUAGAAACGCCAGAGUCCACCGAAGAAAGAUUACAACUCCUUGAUAAUGGAGGAAGCCCUGACAUGGUACGCAACGAUGGGGUAUAUUCAGCCAUGUUUUUCAACUAUACAUCUCGUGGUCGCUACAGUAUACAGGUUGAAGUUAAUGGAUCCUUGUCAAAUAGUGGGGAUACAACCUUCACAUCAAAAGCACCGCUUAUAUUUGGGGUUCGGUUUCCUAAUGGUACGGUGGCAGGCAACCCCGAGGCUGGGGAAUCCCAACCCAGCACGGGGGGGACGGGUGGUGGUGGUGGUUUCACCCGCGUUACAACUGGUGGAGCAAUCGAAUUUGCAGGAGAAGUCACCCCACCGGAGUUUGACACGUUGGCCCCGAUUCAAAUAAAUGAUUUGACGGCAACACAGGAAGACCCCAAUGAUGUCACAAGCGGUAUUCGAUUGUCGUUUACUGCACCAGGUGAUGAUAUGGCUUCUGGGAGAGCGACUUCAUAUAAAGUUUGCUACACAUUUGGUGAUCCAACUCACCUCUCAACAAACUUUGAUGGGAACAUUUGUCACACACCCCCCGUCCAACCACAAGUCGCAAACACACGAGAAUCUUUUAUCAUCAAAUCUCCUGAUACAACGGGAAUGACGGGCUCUAUAAGGAUGGCAAUUGCAGUGAAAGCUUUAGAUGAAAUGGGAAACGAGUCACCCGUAUCGAACCUCGUAAUUCUUCGAUUCUUUAUUGAACCUCCAAUACCAAAAUGCCCUGAUGCCCCACCCCCUUCCCCAAACAGCAGGGCACCAGUGUUUAGUUCAACACCCGUGGUGAUAACUGGGACCAACCACUACAACAAUGGGACCACAGUUACUUACACUUGCAUUGAUGGGCUUGCUUUUGCAGACGGCUUUUCCCAAACCUAUAGUUGUAUCUUUGGUGUUUGGGAAAUCACAUCCGCUCCAGUCUGCUAUGGAUUGUGCCCACGUGCCCCAACAGAAGAUGUGAAUGGCCAACCACCAAUCUAUUCACAAUCACCAACAUUGGGUGGAAAGUAUUUAUCGGGUACAACAGCUCAUUAUAAUUGUAUGGAAGGUCAUACAACCCAUGUUGAUGAUGGCAACACAUUGGUUUGCUUUGAUGGAUCCUGGGCUUCUGACAAUCCACCACAAUGCUGGCAAGUGUGUAGCCAUGCGCCAGCCAUUAUGGAGAACUCGGGUCCCAUAUUGUAUUCAACUGAACCAAUGACAAUAUCGGGAAGUGAAAGAUAUCGCACUGGAACAGCAGCAAGUUAUACCUGUGCAGCUUCCUUCAGUGUUGCUGUGGCUGUUGCAAACACUCGCACGUGUCACGAUGGGGCUUGGAACGCCACAACACCAUUAUGUCUACCAGAGUGUGGAGAAGCCCCAACUGCCUCCCCAAAUGGCAACCCACCAAGUUACAAUCCUUCCCAUGAUGACAUGUAUAUGCUUACAUCUUACCCAAGUGAAACUAACGCAACAUAUCGGUGCACCGAUGAAUUUGCUUUCCCCCUUGGUGUGGCCGAUACAUUAACAUGCUAUGCUGGGGUUUGGAGUGCCACGCACGCCCCACUAUGUGAAGCAGUUUGUUCCAGCGCCCCCCCACCUUCCAUACACGGCAUCCAACCUGUAUACAACAGUCAACAUCUUGUUAUGAAUGAUGGCAACAAAUACGUGGCUGGUACAACUGCUACAUACACAUGCAGCACCAACUAUGCAUUAUCUGCCAGUGUAUCCGAUGUAUUGACCUGCAAACAUGGCUCAUGGCUCCAACAUACAUCCCCUCAAUGCGUACAAGUUUGUAGUGAUCCCAGUAAUGAAACAAGUGUAAGUUUCAACCCACCACAAACUGAUGGUACAUUCAGAAACGCUACAAUCGCCACAUACACUUGUACAACUGGCUUUGCCUUCCCUGUUGGGGUUGGUGAGACACAAAUAUGUUUAAGGGGUGUUUGGGUGGGAGGCAAGCCACAAUGUCAACCAGUUUGCGAAGUUGCUCCCCCCACCUCCACCCAUGGUUUGCCACCUAUCUACAACUCACAACCAAUCAACAACAAGUACAGAAGUGGCAGUGUUGCCAUGUAUAAUUGUAUGGAAGGUUACAAACUUGCAGUAAAUGUGGGGAACACUAUGAGCUGUGGUAAUGGUGCAUGGUCAAUGAAUUCAUCACCAACGUGUCUCCCAGUAUGUGGAGACCCACCUACUCCUUCAUCUAAUGGUAACCAACCAACAUUGAAUGUUGCCCAAGUACAAACACUUGGUGGAUGGUAUUACAUAAGCGGUUCAGUGGCAACAUACACAUGCACAACUAACCAUUCGUUUGCGGUUGGUGUUGGUUCAACAUUGACAUGUAAUGCAGGGGAUUGGGGUACAGACCACGCACCAAGAUGUUUGGAAAUGUGUGUGGAUGCACCUGAACAUUCAUCCCAUAGUUUCCCACCAACAUACACCCCAAGCCCCACCACUGUAACACACAAGAGUGGAACCAUAGCUUUGUAUCAUUGUGGGGCAGGAUAUGCAGUGGCUGUUGGUGUUUCUAAUACAUUAACAUGCAAUGAUGGAAGGUGGUUUGAGCCACUGGCACCAUUAUGUCCUGCAGUGUGUGGGUCACCGCCCCCAUCAGGCUCUAGUGGGUUUGACCCAACAUAUCAGGUACCCCCUGUCACUCAGCAACCACAGACAUACAGAACAGGGACAGUGGCCACUUAUACGUGCCCGCCUACAUAUAGAUUUCUCGAUGAAGUUUCAGGAGAUUUGAUUUGUAAUAACGGGGCAUGGAACGCAACAUUUUCACCCAGAUGUAGGCCAGGUAUACGUUGCAUGAAGUGCGUCGGUGAAACUCAUCAAGAGUGCGACAAUUCUGGUACAUUUAUCACUUGUCAAAACAACCAGGGACAAUGUGCGGUGGAGAUUCGAACGUCAGAAACUGGUGUUCAAACGAUUUCUAAAUAUUGUAAACAACGUGACGCCUGCUUUAACGAUCAAGUGCAGAACACCCACGAUUGUAGAGGUGGUGGAAGGAGUACCGUGUGUCGGUGUUGUUGUGCAAACAAUAAAUGUAACAUCGGCGAUUCUUCGUGUACGUUCGAUUAAUAUUGUUCAAUGGUAUGACGUAACAAUAAACACAAUGAACGU